AUGUUAUCAAUAUCAGCAUUAUCACAUCUUCUUCUUCUUCUUCUUCUCCUCCUUCCCUUUGCCAGCUCGACUUUUUACGACAAUCCAGAGCUUGAACUCCCUCCGGAGUCGGGGAGUCCGCUCGAUGAGUUGACGGCCAAAUGGGAUUUCGACUGGGGAUUCUCAGGCAUAUCGACAUUUGCGCAUCUGAGGCAUGUAAAAUGCCUAACGACGCCCUACGAGCCGUUUGACAUAGGCAUCAUCGGGGCUCCGUUCGACACUGCCGUGAGUUACCGACCUGGCGCCCGCUUUGGGCCCCGUGCCAUCCGCGCCGCCUCCGCCAGACAGACCUCCUUCCGUGGCUUCAACCACCGAGCAGGCUUGAACCCGUACACCUCGUGGCCUUUGAUCCUGGAUUGCGGCGACAUCCCCAUCACGCCGUUCGACAAUGCCCUGGCCUUACACCAAAUGUCAAGCGCGUACCUCGAACUCGUUUCCCGCCGCCCACUCUCCUACAGCAAUCCGCCAUCACACACGCACCCGAAACUCGUCAGCUUGGGCGGCGACCACAGCAUCGCUCUUCCAGCCUUGCGAGCCCUAGAGAAGAUCCACGGCCAACCUAUUGCCGUCUUGCACUUCGACGCACACCUGGACACAUGGCAUCCGGGUGCAUACCCAUCCGCAUGGUCCAGCACACCGACCCAAGCGGACUUCACGCACGGGACGAUGUUCUGGAUCGCAAGCGAAGAAGGCCUCAUCGCCAACGGCAGUAGCGUACAUGCCGGCCUGCGCACCCGGCUUCUAGGCACAGACUUCCACGAUUACGAAGAUGACGAGCGCCAGGGCUUCCUGCGUAUUGAAGCCGAUGACAUCGAUGCUCUAGGCGUGUCAGGUAUUAUUGACGCGAUUCUCUCCCGCAUCGGCACCGAAGCCCCGGUCUACCUCUCGGUCGACAUCGACGUGAUUGACCCAGGCCUGGCGCCCGGCACCGGCACACCCGAGCCUGGCGGCUGGACGACACGCGAGCUGAUCCAGAUACUACGCGGCGUCGAGGGCCUGAACGUUGUGGGCGCCGACAUCGUCGAAGUGGCACCCGCGUACGACGGGAUGGGUGAGGCUACGGCUCUUGCGGGCGCCCAGGUCGCUUUUGAGAUCCUCACGAGCAUGGUCAAGCGCGGGCUCCAAGAGAGAGGCGAGGAUGUCGUGCGCACUAAGCCGGGUAAGAAGAUUUUGCCACCAAUAAAUAGGAAGGCUGGGGUGAAAGAUGAGCUGUGA